UCUCCCCUUUACCGGCGAAAUCCGCCCCGCCUGUCUCACUCGCCGCGACACCGCCCCGCCUUGCCGCCAACCUGCCUCGCUGAUACACCGCCAUACCUCGCUGCAUUUCCGCUCGCCAGCUGUCCUUCCGCCCGCCUGCUUCGUGGCCUCGCCGUGGUGUGUUUCAGCAGCUUAGCAUAUUGAGUACUUAGUUCAUCUGAACCGGACUCCACACAUGGAUGGCUAUGCAUUGAAGUCAGUGACCGAUUUACCUGCUCCAUUUCGCUCAGCCUUUAAUUUCAGAUACUUCAACUCACUGCAGAGUGAAUGCUUUUCCACAUGCUACCUUUCCGACUUCAACAUGGUCAUUUCAGCACCAACUGGAAGUGGCAAGACGGUACUCUUUGAGUUAUGCAUUAUGAGGCUUCUCUCCAAGUCCAUCACUGGUGGUGGGAGCUUCAACCAUCACAUAGGGACCCUUAAGACAAUAUAUAUAGCACCAUCAAAGGCCUUGGUACAAGAGAAGCUCCGGCAUUGGACGCAGAAGUUUGGAUCACUGGGAAUAAAUUGCCUUGAGCUAACAGGUGACAAUGAGUAUUACAACGUCAAGAGUAUGCAGGAUGCAGACAUAAUUCUUACAACUCCUGAGAAAUUCGAUGCUGUGACUCGUUAUCGCAUAAAGGAUGGGGGCUUGAGCUUUUUCAGUGAUAUAUCACUUGUGCUAAUUGAUGAAGUUCAUCUGCUGAAUGAUCCCCGAGGAGCAGCUCUAGAAGCUAUUGUCAGCAGAAUUAAAAUGCUCGCUUGCAGCCCUGAAAUGAAGUCAAGUCCUUUAUCCCUUGUUCGUUUCCUAGCUGUUUCUGCUACAAUACCAAAUAUCAACGACUUAGCGGAGUGGCUUAUGGUUCCAUUUCAGGGAAUCAAAAAGUUUGGAGAAGAAAUGAGACCUGUAAAGUUGACUACUAAAGUUUUUGGGUACACACCAGCUAAAAAUGAUUUCUUAUUUGAAAAGCGUCUUCAGAACUACAUCUUUGAUCUCCUAAUGCAAUAUUCAAGAGAAAAAUCUGCCUUGGUUUUUUGCUCGACAAGAAAAGGAGCCCAAGAAGCAGCACAAUGCCUCUCUCAAAUAGCCAUGACAUUUGGCCAUUCAAGUCCUUUCAUCAAAAGCAGAGAACAGCAGGAGAGACUAAGAGAAGCAUCAUUAUCAUGCAGUGACAAACAAAUGCAAUCUUAUAUACUCUAUGGUGUUGGAUACCAUAAUGGUGGACUAUCUAUGAAAGAUAGAAAUCUUAUGGAAGAGCUUUUUCUGAAUGGUGAUCUGCGGAUUUUGUGCACCACGAAUACUCUGGCCCAUGGAAUAAAUCUACCAGCACAUACUGUCGUCAUCAAAUCAACACAGUAUUUCAACAAGGAGAAAGGGAUGUACAUGGAAUAUGAACGCUCCAUGAUACUCCAGAUGUGCGGAAGAGCAGGGCGUCCUCCAUUUGAUGACACAGGGAUGGUCAUAAUCAUGACCAGAAAAGAAACAGUUCAUUUGUAUGAGAACUUAUUAGGUGGAUGUGAAAUGGUGGAAUCACAAUUGCUUCCAUGUGUAACAGAACAUCUAACAGCAGAGAUAGUUCAAUCUACUGUAGCAGAUAUAACAAGAGCCAUUGAAUGGAUAAAGUGCUCAUACUUGUAUGUGAGAAUGAAAAAGAAUCCCGAGAAUUAUUCAAUUAAAGGGCCAGCCGGUGAUCGUAUUGAGAGGCAUUUGCAAGAAAUUUGUGUUCAAAAGGUUAAUGAACUAUCAAAGUAUCAAAUGGUCUGGACUGAUGAUGAUGGUUUCCUUCUGAAGCCACUUGAGCCUGGGAAAUUGAUGACAAAGUACUAUCUGAAGUUUAACACGAUGAAGCACAUUAUAGACGCACCCGCCAACUGCAGCGUAGAUGAGACACUCCGUACAAUAUGCAAGGCAGAAGAAAUUGCAUGGAUACAACUGAGGCGUAAUGAAAAGAAGCUUCUGAAUGACAUAAACAACGACAAAGAUGGCCGCCUGCGGUUUCAUGCCCUUGAUGAGAGAGGAAAGCGGAAAAAACGCAUCCAAAGUAGAGAAGAGAAGAUGUUUAUUCUGGUGAAUGACUGUUUGACUGGCGAUCCUGUAGUGCGGGACUUGUCCAUGACUCAGGACACAAAUUCUGUAUGCUCAAAUGGAUCAAGGAUUGCCAAGUGCAUGAAAGAGUAUUUUAUGUACAAAAAAAGUUACAAAGGAGCUUUGAGUGCCACUCUUCUAGCCAAAUGUUUGCAUCAGAAAUUAUGGAAUGACAGCCCUUACUUGCUGAAACAAUUACCAGGCAUUGGGAUGGUGACGGCAAAGGCACUGCAUUCAAUGGGAGUAACAUCAUUCGAUACCCUCUUCGAGGCUGACCCAAGAAAGAUUGAGUUGAUGACUGGUCGAAAAUACCCUUUCGGGAACCAUAUCAAAGAAUCUCUGCUGCUACUUCCCCCAAAAAUUGAGAUGACACUUAAGGAGGAAGAGGUCCAAAGAAUAGGGAAGUCCAAGCUGCUAGUUACAUUAACCAGGCUAUCAGAGCCAGUGGCGCCAACACCUAAAAAGCAUUAUGCUGAUGUGAUUGUUGGUGUUGAAGAUGACAACAAUAUUCUAUUUCAUGAAAAAAUAAGGUUGGAGGAUUUCUCAAGCCCGUAUCAUGCAACUGUGUUAUAUUCAAGCCCCGAGCAAGGAAAACUGACGAUUAAGGCAGAUUUGAUAUUUGAAGAAAUCAUUGGCAUUGAUCUCCAUCAAAAGGUUAUCGUCACACCACCAUUAGAAAAAGAUGUUGUUCCUAAAUUCAGACAGAAAGAGAUUUCCUCGUAUGUUCCCAAGAAGGUUCGCAGUGUAAAAGACAGCUAUAAUCGUGCUUCUCUCCCUGCCUCCAAAGAAUUGAUGGAGAUUUCAUCUUCCAUGCCCAGCUUCAAACUUAUAGAUGAAGAUUCAGAUGACAAUCCGGUUGCCGAAACUGAAGAUGAUGACUGCAGGAUUAUUACUUCAAAGACAGUCUUCGACCACAUCCGGGAGAAAGCAAAAAGUUUACCCGUGUUGCCCAUGUCUGAUUCUACAUCUUCACCAUCAUUAGAGGCCUUCACUCUCAUCAAAAAACGCACUCGUGAGAUGCAUCUCGUGCUUGAUAAUGACUUUGAGGUACUGGAGAUUCAAGGCAGCUACAGAACUCCACAAAGCAGGAUGGCCUUUCAACGUCCCCGACGUACAGAACCAGUACAGGAAAUACAAAUCAUAGACGAAGAUGGCCAAAUACUCACAUUCGAUGCAGAAGCUUGGAAUGAAGAAGAUGUAGCAGCUACUGAGUAUUAUAACACCAAACCAGGAAAAUCGACAGAAGCUACGGUCUCUGAUCAUGCAAGAAAAAGACCAAGAAAUUCCAUGAUUCUUGACUGUACGAAGACGACUGAUUCUACACAAGUACUCACGUUCGAUGCAGGUGAGCCUUGGAAUGAAGAUGUAGCAGCUACUGAGUAUAAUAACACCAAACUGGAAAUAUCGACAGAAGCAACGAUCUCUGAUCACGCAAGAAAAAGGCCAAGAAAUUCCAUGGUUCUUGACUGUAUGAAGACGACUGAUUCCACCCAAGUCACAAAGAGCAACACAAUGUCACACAUACAGAAGAAGGCAAGCUCGUUCAACGUGCCUAUCAACGAUGCUCGACUCCGUGUCAGCUCCAGUGAUAAGCUGCGGUCACCAAGUUUACAGAAAGGGCAGCUUUGCUCGCUGUCAAUGGCGCCAGUAAAGAAAGAGAAGCCAUUUCUUGGGUUUCAGAGCGUAUUCUCAUUUCUUUGAUUUUACAUCGAAAAAUACAGUUUGGCUUUAUAAUAAUUUUGUUAUUUUGUUAUUACCACGAACUAUUAUAAUAAUUUUGUUAUUUUUGAAGUGA